UUGACAGCGUCAUUUCUUCACCUGACGCAUAAUAAAAGAAAACGGUUCUAAACGCGUUCAUUGUGACGUCUUUCCGCUGUUGUAGCAGAAGUUUGUUGACCUCUGUAAGGAAUUAUGUUCUUAAUGCGCACAGUUCAGUUACUGAUGUUGUAUUUACUUGAAUGUGACGUGGUCGUGACAGUUUUACGUGAAGACACGUGGGAUUUCCUUCGCUCAGAGGACGUGGAUUUGUUGCAUCACUUCUCCCAGAGGGUGAACGUGUCCGUGUCGAUGGACGGUCUGCGGUGUCCGACUCUCCACGUGGGCCGUUACGGUAGUGUGACGGUGUCCACAGAACAGGUGUUUGGACAAAGGUUUUCAGAAGAGUUCAGCCUGCUGAUGGAGCUCCGCAGCUCUCAGAUGGAGGAGAGCAGCGUAGUUUCCCUGUUAAACUCCCAGCAUCACGUGCACCUGCAGCUCCGCCUCGGCCUGUUCUCGCUCACCUUCAUCUCCACACAGCACAGAGAAUAUGAGUUCACCGUGGGGUCUCUGCGGGACGGUCGGUGGCACCGGGUGUCACUGAGUGUCUCCCCUCUUUGGCUGGAGGUGUAUGUGGACUGUUCUCUGGUGGAGAGGGUGAACUGGGCGUACCCCUGGCAGCGCAUCGCCACGGAUGGCGUCCUGAUGGUGGGAGGCAGCCUGGAGGGAUACGAGACACCCUUUGAAGGCGCUGUGAGACAAAUGACUUUUGUAAUGGGGGAUCCAGACGCUGCCAGGGACCAAUGCACUCUUCGUCAGCCCACCUGCAACGUAGUAACCUCCAGUGCAUUCUGGAAUCCCGUGUCCGAGGGAAACUCUGCACACUCGACUGAUCCUGACCAGAGACCUGUCAUUGUCCUUGUUGAUGAACCUCACACUGUGUUAGCGGUUAGGAGCGAGGACAGAGGAGCUGAUGCCACUGAAUCCUCUCCAUUCAUCCCGUCGUCAAAUGAAAGGACCGUCGACUUCAUCUCUCCUGAUUCACAACAAAAUGUUACGUCAGCGAUCUACAAGAAUGUGACGCCAUCAGUGCAACCAAAGGGAAACUGGGAGACAAACAGACUGCAGCCUCAUUUAAAAGUCAGCGAGGUUGGUCAACAUUCAAGUACGCCGCAGUCUGGGGACGUAAUCUACGGAUCUGACCAGAGAAUCUACAGGAACCACAGAGGUGCUGCUGGCUCUGUUGGACCACAGGGAAGAAGAGGAUGUCCAGGCAGAGAAGGGUUUCUUGGAUUUAAAGGUGACAAGGGAUCUCGAGGUGUUUCAGGCAUGGAUGGACGUAGAGGAGAUCCAGGGCCUCCAGGUCCUCCGGGACUUCCCACGCUUUAUUUAUGGCGGAACUCUGAGGACGACUGGGUCGCUUUCAGGAGAUCGACCUUCUUUCACAUGCUCAGAGCUGGCUGGCCGGUGCAGCCCGGUCCACCUGGACCCAUGGGAGAGAUGGGAACGCCUGGUCUUCCAGGGAUUCCUGGAGACCCAGGGACCAGAGGAGCUUCAGGACACACAGGAACCAUGGGUGAAGCCGGUCCAAAGGGCGUCCCCGGCAAGAGGGGGAGUUGGGGCAGGAAUGGCAGUCAGGGGUCGGAUGGGAUGUUUGGGCCACGGGGGCAACCAGGGCUCCAGGGACCCAUGGGCUUUAAAGGAGAAGAUGGUUUGCAAGGGGAGAAAGGUGAUGAGGGUUUCACUGGUGAGCCUGGACCACGUGGAGACAGUGGAGAGACUGGGAUAAAGGGAUCUAAAGGGGAACCAGGAGACGAUGGACCCACUGGACCACCUGGUCCUUCAGGUAACAGGGGUACUCAGGGGCUGCCUGGACCUCCAGGACCACAGGGAGACUCUGGAGAUGAUGGAGUGAAGGGUCCUCCAGGGCUGGUGGGGGCUCCAGGGGCCACGGGCGAUAUAGGACCACCUGGACUCAAUGGGUCUGAGGGGGAUCCAGGUCCAACUGGUCCACGAGGUCGUACAGGCCCUCGAGGGCCAUCAGGAUUAAGAGGAGAGACGGGCUCACCUGGACCUGCAGGAACUCAGGGUCAACCAGGCGAUGAUGGUCCCACUGGUCCAAAAGGGGAAGUUGGGGAACUGGGACCUGUGGGAAACAAAGGGCUUCCUGGUAUUGAAGGGCCUAUG